AUGGACCUUUUCGAGAAAGCCAAAACAGUUCGUCUAAGAACGAUUACGGAUAAAUUUUUGGUUGCGGAAGAUGACGAGGAGACGGUGUUCCAGAGCCGAGAAGAUUAUUCGAAGAAUUCAAUAUGGAAAGUCGAGAGAAUAAGAGGCAGGUAUGUACGGUUCAAGAGUUGCCAUGGCACGUACCUGACGGCCUCAGCUCAGCUAUUUGUCCCGGGAAUAAUUGGGAAAAAAGUUGUGCACCAAUCCAUUCCACAAACAGCGGAUGACGUGUGGAUCGACUGGGAACCGGUCAGGGACGGCUUUCAAGUGCGGCUACGUAGCCGAAGCGGGAGCUUUUUACGCCCAAAUGGUGGGCUCCCGCCCUGGAGAAACACCGUAACACAUGAUAUGCCGCAUACUUCUAAAACGCAUGAGAAGGUUUUAUGGAACAUUGAUGUGGUGGAGGCGCUUCCUACACCUCAUCGACGGAGCUGCUCGGAUUUUACAAAAGCUCCUGCACCUCAUGUUGAUGAUCAUAAGACCGCUGCAUCACAUCCGCCUCAUAAGAAAUUGACUACAUUGGAGGAUUUGUGGUAG